GUCUCGUUUCCUCGCCAACAGCGCGUCAUUUUUAGCUCCAGAGCGUGUUGAAUGUCUGGAGCUGAGUUAAGAGCGGACCACAGCUGGGGUCUCUGAAUGUGUUUACCCGUCAAUUUCUCAUCUAAUACCGGGCCGGAGAGGACAGAUUAGCAGGCAUCAGAAGGCGGGGUGAGCCGGUGAAGGUGUGGGAGGAGAUGGUUCCUUCUGCAGGAUGGACCGGAAGAAAGCCGUGCCCGGGUUCGUCCCCUGCUGUCUCUUGCUGGCCCUGUGUGUGUCUGCAGAGGUCACUGAGGUUGGGCACUUGAAUAUUGUGCAGAGUGCAGCUCCACUCUCCUGUUCAGAAGGCUUUACAGAUCUGGGCUACUAUAAUGGCUCAGUUUCCCACACGGACUCAGGCUCCCCCUGCCUGAAGUGGACAGACUUCCCAGAUUACAUGCAGCAGUACCCAGGCCGAGGUCUGGGGGACCACAGCUUCUGCCGAAACCCAGACCGAGAGGCCAACCCCUGGUGCUUUUUCAGGCAGAACUCAGGUGCCAUCGGCUGGGCCUACUGCGACUGCCAUCAGGGUGCAGCCAGAUUGGUGGGGGGGUCAUCCAGCAAUAGCGGGCGCCUGGAGGUGUAUCUGAAUGGCCAGUGGGGGGCAGUAUGUGAUACACACUGGACCAACCGUGAUGCCAGCGUCAUAUGCAGACAGCUCGGACUGGGUGAGAUCGGUACAGCCCUGCGGCAAUCCUACUUUGGCCCAGGUUCCGUCUUCCACUAUGAGCGUCUGGGUUGCCGUGGUAAUGAGAAUUCCCUGCUGGAGUGCCGGAGCAGGAAGUUUGUCACCAGCGACUGUAACCAUGGCAACGAAGCAGGGGUGGUUUGUGCUGAGCCUGAAGGCACUGGCAUCCCUUUGAGGCUGGUGGGAGGCCUGGAGGACUUUGAGGGGCGCGUCGAGUUGUACCGUGAUGGCAAAUGGGGAACAAUUUGCAAUGACCGGUGGGAUGACACUGAUGCUGAGGUGGUGUGCCGACAGUUGGGCCUGGGGGGCGUGGCCAAGGCGUGGACAUGGGCCCACUCUGGCCAGAAUGCGGGUCCCAUCUUCCUGGUUGGGGUUGAGUGUUCAGGCAAUGAACUAUCCCUGGAGGAGUGUCCUCAUGACAUCUGGGACCAACACAACUGUGACCAAAUGAAAGAUGCAGGGGUGUCCUGCAACCCAUACACAGACGGUGCAGUUCGUCUGGUGGCUGCAGACAGUCACUGGGAGGGACGCGUGGAGAUUUACCACCAGGGAGAAUGGGGCACUGUGUGUGAUGACAACUGGACUGAGCUCAACGCCCAGGUAGUGUGUAGGCAGCUGGGCUUCAGAGGCCGAGCGACGGUGGCUCCUGACGGGGUCUAUGAAGAAGGUCGUGGGCUGAUCCUGCUGGACGAGGUGCAGUGUCGGGGAACAGAGGCCAGCUUACUGGCCUGCACCCACUCUGAGUGGGGCCAACAUGACUGCUCCCACAGUGAGGAUGUAGGUGUCCGCUGUGAGAGGGGAGGUGAUACCAAUGAGAUACUCAGCCUUUUGCCUUCUAUUGGCCCUCUGGUGCGUUUGGUUGCUGGAGAGAGCAGGAAGGAGGGUAGAGUGGAGGUCUUCAUUAACGGCCAGUGGGGAAGCGUGUGUGAUGAUGGCUGGAAUGAUGUCAAUGCGGCUGUAGUUUGCAGACAGCUGGGAUUCACCGGUGUGGCUAAAGCUCGGUCCAUGGCGUACUUUGGUGAGGGGCAAGGUCCCAUCCAUCUGGACAACGUUCGAUGCUCGGGCACUGAGAUGUCCUUAGGCCAGUGUCCAGCUGUGGGUCAGGAUAGCCAUGACUGUCGCCACAGUGAGGAUGCAGGCGUCAUCUGUGACUACACCCUGGAUCCUUUGGGGGAUGCUGCCGUGGCAAUGCAGACCUGUGGCCAACGACUCAAUAACCAGCGUCGUCGACGCAGGAUUAUAGGAGGGGAUAAGUCACUGAGAGGCGAGUGGCCCUGGCAGGUGUCUCUGUGGCUCAGGUCUCAGUCUAAAGGAAACCAUCCUCUGUGUGGAGCAUCACUCAUCAGCCCCUGCUGGGUUGUGACGGCCGCCCACUGCUUCAAGAGAUUUGGCAGAGACCCGACCCGCUACGUUUUGCGCCUGGGCGACUACCAUACUGAGGAGCAGGAUGACUUUGAACGCACCUUGUCACCGGAACGCAUCGUUAUCCACAGGAAGUACCGCAGCCAGGGCUGGGAGUACGACAUCGCCCUGCUGCGGCUCAAAGGCACAGAGGGCAACUGUGUGGCAUUCAACCCUCACACUGGUGCCGUGUGUCUGCCAGAGCCAGGCAGCAAGUGGGAGAAGAGGCCUGCUGCCUGCGUGAUCACCGGCUGGGGCAUCACAGGUAACGUCACUGCCUGGACCAUCGCAUGGCCUCUACGGAAUCACAUUGUACAACACUCGGAGUACUCCCGGACUCUGCUCCAGGCCUGGGUCCCCCUGCUUCCAGCCUGGAAGUGUAAGAAGCGAUACAGUGAUCGCUUCACCAGCCGCAUGCUGUGUGCCGGGAGCCUGUCGGAGCACCACCGUGUGGACAGUUGCCAGGGUGACAGUGGGGGUCCACUGGUUUGCCAGGGGGAGGGGGGCCGUUGGGUGCUGACGGGAGUCAUCUCCUGGGGUCAUGGCUGCGGUAACCCCUCAUUCCCCGGGGUGUACACGCGUGUUAGCAGGUUCCUGCGAUGGAUUGACAAGGUCAUCAACAAACCCUACAAGACCUAAUAACGGAGAACACUCAGAGUUCUUUACCAUUGGCAACACACAUUUCUCUUUACUGACAUUCAGCUCAGCACAACCCUUUCACCUCACAUCCAAAAUGCACCGAUGCAACCAAAACACUUACUACACAUCUCCGAAUCCACUCUUUUGUCAUUUGUCUCCCAACAGAAACACUAGUCCCUUUUUGACCGGAGGGAUUUUUGCAGUUCCUAGAACAAAACGUUCCUAGAACCCUUUUUUGGGGAUUAUUAAGUUCCUCUGACCGCAGUUCCUGUAACUCUUUCAGCUCCUACUUCAGGGCAGGGUCUUUUUCCUUUUCCCUUUUCCGCAUAGGAACCCUUAUGGUCAUGACACACCGACCAGACGGCCGACCGUCGGCAGAAAAGGCAGUGUGACUGAUCAGUCUCCCCGAGUUGGUCAAAAAAGUGCCUCGGAACACACCAAA